AUGCCCACCAUCCUCUUCCUCACCAACAGCGAACUAGGCCAGGCCUCGGUCUGCCUGGCUGUUGCCCACGAAUUCCUCCUCCGCCCAACCUACACCAUCCACAUCGCCUCCUUCGCGCCCCUCCGCAGCUCCAUCUCCCAACUUAACCUCCGCGCCAUCUCCUUCCUCCCCGUCUCCUCGCGCUCCGCCCGAGUCCGCCCAGCAACCUUCCACAUCCUCCCCGGCCCGUCCAUGAAACAAGCCCUGGAGCAGCGCGACCAUUUCGACGCCAGCAAGGCCUUCUGUCUCCACGGUUUGGGCUUCCAGGCUGCCCGCCAGGCGUACAAGGAUGUGUUGACGAAGAUUGUGGCGCCGUGGGGCGGGGAGGAGUAUAUUGCGAUAUACAGGGAGUGUUUGAAUGUGGUUGGGAGGGUUCAUCCGGACUUGGUUGUUGUGGAUCCAUUGUUUACGCCGGCGUUGGAUGCGGUAAGGUCGAUUAGGGAGAGGUUUGUGGUGUUGAGUCCGAACACGUUCAAGGAGCAUGUUGUGCAGCCGAAGUUGGGGAAUUUGUGGAAGUUGUGCUCUGGGUAUCCUUAUCCGCUGCCGUGGAGCUUGGUGCUUCCAAAUGCGAUUCUUGCUUUGCGCUUGCUGUCCUCGGUCAAGUCUAGUCCUCAGCUGAAGCAGGUGGAGAGAGCGCGCAAACGUCAUGGUAUCAAGCACGCCAUUCCCGAUAUGUUCAUCAAUCCGGACGACAGGAAAGUUCUCACCGUCCUCCUCCCUGGCCACGCAGAGUGUGAAUUUCCCUGCUUCCUGCCGGGCAAAUUUACCCUCUGCGGACCGAUCCUGCGACCCUAUGCUCCUAUCUGCGACGAGCAUCCGGAUCUGGCGCAUUGGCUUGCCCAGCGGCCGACCGUUCUUGUUAGUUUGGGCUCGCUUGUGAUGUUCACCCCCGCCAUGGAGAGACAGUUUGCGCGGGGUCUGAAGAUGUUGUUAGAGACGAGGCCGGAUAUGCAGGUUCUCUGGAAACUCCCACGCGCUGAGCCGCAGAGCACCUCGCAAGAAGGGACGUUGGAGUGUCUGUCUACAGAGAUCAGCGAAGGACGCGUGCGCACGAUGCCUUGGCUGCCCGUGGAACCUAUCUGCAUCCUGCAAAGCGGACGUGUGGAGUGCAUUGUGCACCACGGCGGAGCCAACACCUUCCACGAAGCCAUCAAAGCCGGUGUUCCCCAAGUUGUUCUCCCCAUCUGGCUUGACACAUACGACUUCGCCCACCGCGUCGAAUACCUCGGUGUUGGCGUCUGGGGGAACCGCCAGAAUGCACCGGCCGUCCAGGGCUACGAGCUGGGACAGACGUUGAAGCGCAUGCUGGCUAGUGUGCAGAAGAUCAAGGUGCAGCGGCGCGCAAGGGAAGUCGCGUCUGAGUUGGGGGGUAAGGAGGGCAGGGUUGUGGCUUGCGAGAAGAUUAUGGAGUUUGUGAAGCCGAGGCAUACUUGGACGUUUAGUUUUCCGCGGACGGGAGAGAGUUAUUGUGGUUCUUUUUGA